GUUGGGGCUUGUGGCCUCAGGGUCUGGGGUCUGGGGUCUGGGGCUCUGGUCAGGGUCUGGGGUCCUCGGUGGCCUGGGGCUCUGGGGUCUGGGGCUUGGGGUCUGGGGCCUGGGGCCUGGGGUCUGGGGCUCUGGGGCUCUGGGCUCUGGGGCCUGGGGUCUGGGCCUGGGGCCUGGGGCUUCAGUGGCCUGGGGCUCAGGGCUCUGGGGCCUGGGGCUUGUGGUCUGGGGUCUGGGUUCAGGGCUUGGUGGCUCUGUGGCUCGGGGGUUCAGGGUCUGGGGUCUGUGGCUCUGGGGUUUAGGGCUCGGGGCUUUAGGGCUCGGGGGUCUAGGGCUCUGGUGGCUCUGGGGUCUGGGGCUCUGGGGCUCUGUGGCUCAGGUGGCCUGUGGCUCAGGGCUCUGUGGCUUAGUGGCCUAGGGCUCGUGGCUUCAGGGCUUAGUGGCUCGGGGUCUGGGCCUGUGGCUCAGGGGUCUGGGGCCUGGGGCUCAGGGGCUUGUGGCUUCAGGGCUCUGGGGCCUGGUGGCCUCAGUGGCUCUGGGCCUGUGGCUCUGGGGCCUGGGGCUCAGUGGCCAGGCUUGUGGCUUAGUGGCUUCAGGGCUUGGGGCUCUGGGGGUUCAGUGGCUUGUGGUCUGGGGCUCUGGGGUCUGGGGUCUGGGGCUUGUGGGUUUAGGUCUGGGCUUGUGGUCUGGGCUUCGGGGUCGUGGGCUCAGGUCUGGGCUCUGUGGCUUGUGGCCUGGGCUCAGUGGCUUAGGCUUGUGGCCUGGGUCUGGGGCUUCAGUGGCUUGUGGCUCUGGGGCCUGGGGCUCGUGCCUAGGGCUCUGGGGUCUGGGGUCUGGGGCUUGUGGCUUGGGCUCUGGGGCUUAGUGGCUCAGGCUCGGUGGCUUGUGGCUCGGGGCUCA